AUGCAAGAUGAAUCCUCUUACGAUAUUAACUCCAGCUGCUGUCAGAUAAGAAUCCCUAAAACAGUAGGCAAAUAUGAUGUUAUUAAAACAAUUGGAAAAGGCAGCUUUGCUGUUGUUGUUUUAGGAUAUGAUCCAAAAACUAACGAAAAGGUUGCAAUUAAGAUUCUAGAUAGGUAUGAAAUUACUAAACUUGGUAGCUUGCUUUAUUUAGAAAAUGAACUCAGACUGAGCAGCAGAUUUGAUCAUCCAAACAUCAUCAAGGUAUUUGAUGUCAUUUAUGAGCCUGACAUUAUCAUGAUAGUUAUGGAAUAUGUGCCAUCUGGUGAUCUCCAAACAUUAUUGUCCAAAGGUAUGGAAUUUAGUAGCGAAGAGCAAAUUAGAAUUGCAUAUGAGGUCCUUCAAGGUUUACAGUAUCUUCAUCAGCGUGGAAUUAGUCACAGAGAUUUAAAGCCAGAAAAUAUUAUGUUUGAUGAACAACUACAUCCAAAAUUAAUAGAUUUUGGGCUUAGCAAGGAAAAUUCUAACGUUAUGCACACAUAUUGCGGUACUAUAUUUUACAUGGCUCCAGAAAUUUUUCAGACAGAUACAUAUGACGGAAUGAAAGCCGAUGUUUGGGCAAUAGGUGUAACAUUGAAUUUGCUAAAUACUUUGCACUAUCCCUGGUAUACAACUAAUGAGUAUCAAUUUAUGAAUGAGAUGAAAGAAGGAAAGCUUGAAAUGGUCAUUGUCUCAACUGGAAUAAUAGGUACUAUUAUUAAGAAAUGCCUAAUUAAAGACCCUGUCCAGAGACCAACUAUAGAUGAACUGCUUUCUUUGAUGGAACAGAACCAGCAAAUAGUAUUGAGUACAAGUAGCAUUAGACUUGAUAGAAAUACAUAUCCUGCUGUUUCUUUACCAAAAUUAAUUGUCAAAAAUCCAAUUUCAUUUUAUGCUAAGCCACGUAAACUAAAUGAAAAGGCCUUUCCUAGAAAAGGAAAUAUCAAAUUCAGGCGAAGCUUGAAUAUAUAG